CUCUUCAGCCUGUCGUUCAUUCAGCAAGACUGAACAACUUUUCACCUUCAUCUGCUCUGUGGAACAUGGCUUUUCAGUGUCAGAGGGAUAGUUAUAUGCAAGAAUUUGUCACGUCAGUGGUGUCCUGUUCACCUGCCGAACUGAAGCUGGACAACAACGACAAGAAAGAAAAAGUGAAGGGUUUCAACGUGAUAUUAAAAGACACCAUUUUGUUCCCCGAGGGCGGCGGACAGCCUGAUGACCAUGGAACCAUUGAGGAUGUGGCAGUGGUGCGAGUGUUGAGGCAGGGAGCAGAUGCAGUGCACUUCAUCGGCUCAGCUUUAGACGAAGGCCGCGAGGUUCGGCUCAAGGUGGACUGGGAGCGUAGGUUUGAUCACAUGCAGCAGCAUUCAGGCCAACAUCUGAUCACUGCCUUGGCGGACACAGUGUUUGGAUACAAAACUACCUCAUGGGAGCUGGGCCGUCAGCGCAGUAGUAUCGAGCUGGAUACGGUGUCUGUGAAGCCGGGAGAGAUGGAAGCAUUGGAGGAUGCAGUCAAUGACAGAAUCCGUGCUCAUGUCCCAGUCAACGUGCGCCUCCUCUCUAUAGACGACCCUGAUAUGGAGAAGGUAAGGAGCAGAGGGCUUCCUGAUGAUCAUGCUGGACCAAUCAGGAUCAUCGAUAUUGAGGGAGUAGACGCCAAUAUGUGUUGUGGGACCCACGUAUCCAAUCUCAGUCAUCUACAGGUCAUUAAGAUCCUUGGGACGGAGAAAGGGAAGAAGAAUAAGACCAACUUAAUUUUCAUAGCUGGAAACAGAGUACUGAAAUACGCUGAGAAAAGCUACAACACGGAAAAGGCGCUGACGUCGUUGCUGAAAAUAGGGCCAGAUGAGCACGUCGAUGCCGUGGACAAACUGCAGAAAACAGUCAGGCGCCUUCAGAAGAGUAACCUCACGAUCCUCAGGGAUCUGGCUGUUCUUACAGCACAGAACUUCAAGAGCCAGCCAGAGAGAAGCAACUUUUUCAGUUUGCACAACAAGGAUGGUGAUAACGAGUUCAUGAACAUCAUUGCCAAUGAGAUUGGCUUUCAGGACACGAUCAUUUUUCUGACAGUGGGGGAAGAGAAAGGAGCAGGACUGUUUCUGCUUGCGGGGCCUGAGAACCUCAUAACUGAAGUAGGGCCACGAGUAGUGGAGCUGCUCCAGGGAAAAGGUGCAGGAAAGAACGGCCGUUUCCAAGGCAAGGCCAACAGCCUGGCGAAGAGAGCCGAGGUGGAGGCUUUACUGCAAUCCAAGUUAAAUCAGGAUUAUUUAUGAAGCAUAUCUAAAGCAAGAAAACAUAACAUAUGUGCUGUUAAGUUUAUUCAAAUUAAUUGUCAGCAUUGGUACCACAGCUCUGCUGAUUUCUCAAAUUGGUUAAAAGGGCUUGAUGAAGUUUCUAUAGUGCUGACUGUACUUGAAAUCAUGGGUUUAUAUUAAUACACUUAUUACUGUGCAUUAAGUUAUUGUUUCUCUCGUAACAGCUGAUAUAUACAGGGACUUAUAUGGCUAACAGUUUACAUCAACAGGCUGGUGAUAAAUAAUAAUAGAUCAGAAAUGUUAUUGAAUCAAGAAAAAUCUGUAAAUAUUUAGAUGGGGAAGUUUUUUGUAAGGAAAUGUUUACGUUCUGUGGAGCCACUGUUGUGAUGUACAGUGCUUUGCAAAAGUCUUAGACAUCCUUUUUUUUUUUUCAUGCAAACUUUGUUAUAGAUUUCUAUUUCAUGAUUUCUCCAUUAUCGAGUCAGUACAAAAACAUUUUAGAGUUCCAAACAUUCAUUUUCCAGCACAAAAUUAAAUGUUACAGAAAAAUUUGUUAAAAUCUGAGCAGCAUAUUACAGAAGAGAGCACUUUUCAGAUUAAAAAAGAAAACGUAAUGAAGGCGACUGGGUUUUGGUGCAAAAUUAAGAAGUGAGUGUGACAGUCAUUGUCCAGAAGAACUGUGUCUGGUUCUGUAAGAUGCUCAGUAAAACCUACAGCUCAUUUCCUUAUAAAACUGCACUCACUGUACCUGAGACUAUUUUUUUUUUCAAUAAAGGGUCGUCUUACACCAGA